AUGGUCAAACUCUCCAAUCUACUUCUUCUGUGCAGUGCUCAGCUCCUGGCUCAGAUCCCCUCCACACAGGCUCAGGGCUUGAUAGGACAGGGAUCUGGAGUUGCUGGUGCCCGCUUUGGUCAAGGCUCGGGAUCUAGAAGCGGUCUCGGUCGCGGCUGUUGUUGUCCGGAGCCGGAGCCGGAGCCAGAGCCGGAGCCUGAAACUGAUGUUGAGUGUAAACCACAGUGUCCCUCUGCCCAUGCGAAGAUCUUCCAAUGUAAUGGCCGGAAGUACAAGCAGUUCUGUGGCAUUCAUGUCGCUACUCCCACUCUGCGGGAGUUUGAUGUGUCUUCUUAUCAAGAAUGCUUUGACAGCUGUGUUCAGGAAACUCAGUGCCAUGCUCUUGAUUUCAUGAACAACCACUGCUGGCUGAAAACGCAAGGCGUUGAUCCGCCUCCCAAAGCCAUGCCUAGUAAUCAGGAUAUUAGCAUCAUCUUCCUUUGA